AUGUCCACUAAGACCGUCAUCGCUCUCGCCCUUGUGGCCGUAACUUUGGCUGCUCCUUCACAACCUUCCUACGGAUAUGCUCCUCCCGCAACCUACGAUGCUCCUGCCAAGUACGACUUCAACUAUGCAGUGAAGGACGACUACUCCGGCAACGACUUCGGUCACCAGGAAUCUCGCGACGGUUACGAUACUCAGGGUUCCUACUUCGUUCUCCUUCCCGACGGCCGCCUGCAGAAGGUCGCCUACACUGUCAACGGCGACUCUGGCUACGUGGCUGAGGUCAGCUACGAGGGUGAGGCUCAAUAUCCCGAGUACAAGCCUGCUCCUGCCUACAAGCCCGCCCCUGCUCACAAGCCCGCCCCUGCUUACAAGCCCGCCCCUGCUUACAAGCCCGCCCCUGCUUACAACCCUGCUCCUGCCUAUGCUUAA